AUGGGCUUGCGGUACACCUCCUACAUCGAUCAUCCGAAGAACAAGCAUGCCAAGUUUGUCACCUAUGGGUGCUGUAAUUGCAGGACUCAUUUGUCGUCGUCGGCGCAGGUGAUGUCAAAGGACUACCGUGGUACUACCGGUGACGCCUACCUUAUGAACCGAGUUGUAAACGUAGUCGAAGGUGGGCGAGAAACUAGGUGUAUGCUCACUGGAUGUUAUAUCGUCUGCGACAUAAAGUGCCACAUGUGUAAGAAUUUGGUGGGUUGGAAAUACGUUGAGAGCGAAAGGAAGGACCAGCGAUACAAAGAAGGAAAAUUCAUCCUGGAAUUGCAAACCAUAUGCAAGGUGCAUUGA